UAGUUUCUUUUUCCAGUUCAAAGAACACCACUACCUCAAUAGCCCAACCUUAUCUAACCUUAAUCGCCAUCACGGUGUUGUUCGAGAGAAAAAGGAUUCGCCGAGAGCCUUCGCCGUCAGUCCAAGCCAUAGCCAAUUCGCCUAGAGCCUUCGCCGUCAGUCCCACUGCCCAGUGGCCCACUGCCCAGCACCGCGUCGCCGACUCCCUCAAUUCCAAUUGAAUCAGGUACGAUAUACUCUUCGGGUUUACACUUUUUGAGGGAUUUGGUUUGGUCCUCUCCUCUUGUAUUCUUCUUUAUUUAAUUCAAUAAGAAUUGAUGUUUGGUCUUUUUUUCCGAUUUGGCUAAUGGCCAGUUCUAAAUCCAAAUGUGAGUUUGAAUUAGCAUUUGAUGCAGUGGUAGCUUAGUGCUAGAGGGGGCAGUUUCUAGGCAAAGUUGCAGAUGGUUCUUCAUGGAAUGGUUCUUUGGUGUGUUUGGAAGGUAUACAAUAGUUGUUAGUAUGAUGGUCCAAAAAUUUGCACUAGGCAAGUCCAGUACCAGUAGGUCUUCUAUCUGGUCUAGGUUUGGUGUUGGUUAAACAAGAAGAAGUGGUUGGUUUUGGAGCUGAUGAUUUAUACGGGGUGGAGAUUGGAUAAGUUUUGGUUUAUGUGGCUUUAAUGUCUAAAAUGUUUUCUUAAAAUACCCACAUGUUCGUUCAUGUGAUUGUGGUACGGUCAGUUAUAAGUGGGAAGUACACCAUGCGCGAUAACUACACAGGUCUAUAUACUAUGCUGUUAGGGGAUUUGGUUGGUUUUUCACUGCUUUGAGAUUAGAACAAUUUACAAAUGCUACAUAAAGAAAAGAGUUUACCAGUGUUGAACGGUCUAAUAAUGAUAUAAUUUUAUAUCUAUUAUAGUGAUAAUUAUAAUGAUCUCUUUGUAGUUAUCUUCGUGCACCCUUAAAGUGGUUCACUAAAAGUUAGUUUAAUGGUUACUGUUUUUUAAGAGAGAACAAAAUUAAAAUUUAGUAUUUGAAGGAGAGAUUGAGGUGAAAUGACACUAUUUUGUUGAUGUCCUUUUAUCAAUCUCAACUGUGAAGAAGAGAUAAUGUGAGGGAGUUAUUCUAUACUAAAAGAUUAUGUAGUUUUAAAACUUAUUUCUUGGUAAAUGAAUUGAGAGUUGCUGAAAAUUGUUGUAUGCUUCAAGGUAACAACUUGCUUGUUUUUGAUGACUCGUGUCUAUGAGUUUAGGAAUUGAUUUUUGGCUUGAUCAAUUAAUCAAUUUGUGAUCAUGAUUAGCUAAUUGUUUAUAAACUUAAUGUACAAUUGUGAUAAGCUUUUUGUAAACUUAAUGAACGAAAUCAAUUUUUGGGAAACCUGAUUGCUCUCUUUUGUGGUGCUUCUGUUUUUGAUGAUGAUCUAGUAGCAGGACUUUCUGGUUUGUUAUUCUUUAGGUUGCUUGCAGUCUCAACACAAACAUGACUAACCAUUCCCAGGAAAUCCAUGGUUAUAACAAAUAGCUGAAGUGGCUGCCAUGAGUUACUGUUUGAAGCUCCUGUUUGAUGAUGAGCAUGGAGGAGACAGAGAUAUAAGAUGGUGGCAGAUUCGUAUGAAAAAGCUUGACAAUCAUUAUGGUUCUCUAAUCUCAACAGGAAAAGAUGCAACCGAUCUAAUUAGACGACAAUGUAAAGCAUAUGAGCCCAUGUUAAUGAGAAGCCAAAGCUCUAAAAUUUUCAUCCUCCUUAUUAUGAUAUGCUGCAGGGAACAUGCACAUUUGGUGGCAUCCAUUACAGCAGUCUUGUAGUCUUUAAUUUGAUAAAUAUCCGCUAUUAUAAGGCAUAGCAGUUUUUAUGAAUCCUUACACAGCGGAUAUUUAACCGUUGUGUAAUCAUGGGUGUUUUUUCAUUACCAUUACACAGCGGAUAUUUAACCGCUGUGUAAACAUAAAACCUUUCCCACCCGCCACAUGCACAGCGGUUGGUUUCCGCUGGAAAAGGUCAAAUUUAUCCGCUGUGUAAUCCAUGUUUUGUAGUAGUGGUACUCUUCAUAUUUUGUUUCAUGUUGGUGUUGUUUUUCAUUUAGUGGGAAGUACAUACUCAAUUUUGGUCCUCAUGCCUUUACCAUGGUUUUGAAGAACAAUUGGGAAGAAAGAUCAUAUGGUCGCUGUCUGAUAUCGUGAUGGUAUGAGGUAUAUAUUAUGACAGGUUUUGGUCAUUGGUGCUAUGGCGGCUUUGGCUAAGGUUUUUUCAACAAUGGGAGGGACGAUCGAUGUUGUGCUUAGGUUUUCUAUUAAGCAGUUGUUGUAGAUAUGAAGUAUGUGACUACAUGCGUACCAUGAUUUUUUGGCUCUGAUAUGGAAUAAGAGAACUGAUUUUCAGCUCAACCUUUCGGUUUACAAUUUUGAUAUGUUCCAUUUGAUGUUGGCUUUAGCUUAUUGUGAGGGG